GGCAGUCUUUCCUCCGAUCUGCCUGCAUUCAUAAACGGAUAUGAUGAUAACCCAGUGCUGAAAGCAGCGACAACAGUCAGCUCUGACCAUGGCGGAAGAGGACGACGCCAGGAUUCGGAUUUUACAGAGCCUGCGGGGGAAAAUAUGUGAAGCUAAAAACCUGGGCUCAGUCUCGGGUCCUAAUCGACAAAGGGAUCUCUGUACAUUUUGCACCAUAAGUCUGGAUCAGGAGGAGGUGUUUCGCACCAAGGUGUUUGACAAAAGUGUCAGCCCUUUCUAUGGAGAAGACUUCUACUUUGAGAUCCCACGUCCAUUUCAGUGUUUGUCCUUCUAUAUUUAUGCCAAGAGCGUUUUUCAAAGGGACCUACCUGUUGGCAAGGUAUCAAUCCGGAAAGAUGACCUGUGUAAAUACAGUGGGAAGGAGAAUUGGUUUAGCCUCCAGCCUGUAAAUCCUAACUCUGAAGUCCAGGGUAAGGUUCACCUUGAGAUGCGAUUGAAUGAAGUGAUCACAGAGAACGGCUCAGUAGGUCAGCACUUAGUAGUUCGAAUAAUCGAGUGCCAGGAGCUGCCUUUGAUCAGUGGGCAGAAUUGUGACCCUUAUGCCACCGUAUCUCUCGUCGGACCUGCCAGGUCUGACCAAAAGAAAACAAAGGUAAAGAAGAAAACCAGCAACCCUCAGUUUGAAGAGAUCUUCUCUUUUGAGGUCACUCGACCCAGCAGCUAUUCUAAAAAAUCUCAUUUCCAAGUGGAGGAGGAGGACAUUGAAAAACUUGAGAUCAAAGUUGAUUUGUGGAACAAUGAGAAUCUGGCUCAGGAUGUGUUUCUGGGUGCAACACGUGUCCCUGUCAAGGUCCUGCAGAAGGACCACAUCCACAAAGCCUGGUAUCUCCUCCAGCCUAAAGGAAACGGCAGCAAAUCGAAGUCUGAUGAUUUAGGUUCCUUGCGUCUGAAGCUGACUUACAUCGAAGACACUGUGCUGCCAUCUGCUUGCUACACACCACUCUGCAACCUGCUGCUCCAAUCCCCAGAUGUGAAGCCCAUCUCAGCGUCAGCAGCACACAUCCUGGGGGACAUCUACAGAGAGCGCUACGAGGCAGUGCUGCCCAUGGUUCGACUGCUGCUCCACCACAAUCGAUUUGUGCCUUUUGUCUCUGCUGUGGCAGCGCUGGAGCUGGACAACACUCAGGAGGCUAACACUAUAUUCCGUGGCAACUCACUGGCGACGCGCUGCAUUGAUGACAUGAUGAAGAUUGUGGGAAAGAAUUACCUGGCAGUUACUCUAAAGCCUGUAAUAGAUGAGAUUUGUGAAUCCAACAAAACAUGUGAGAUAGACCCUGUUAAACUAAAGGAAGGAGACAACGUAGAGGUCAAUAAGGAGAACCUGCAGGUUUAUGUCCAGAAAGUCUUCUCCUCCAUCACCCAGUCGAGUUCAAGCUGCCCACCACUCAUGUGUGACGUCUUUAGGUCACUGAGACAUUUGGCCUGUAAACAUUUCCCAGCUGACCCACAUGUUCAGUACUCGGCUGUUAGCAGCUUCGUGUUCUUGCGGUUCUUUGCCGUCGCUGUUCUCACUCCACACUCCUUCCAACUCCGUUCCCAUCAUCCUGAUCCUGACAUUUCUCGGACACUCACUCUCAUCUCAAAAACCAUCCAGACGCUGGGCAGCUGGGGCAGUUUGUCAAAAAAAAUUUCUAGUUUCAAAGAAACCUACAUGUAUGACUUCUUCAAAUCAUUCCAAGAGGACAAAUGUAUCGAACGAGUUAAAAAGUUUCUUGAUGAGAUCUCCUCCAACGUCAGCAAAGAGUCCAGUGGGCUGGAAGAUGCAGUGGUUCUUAAGGAGGGAGAAGUGCAGAAACGUGCCCAGGGGAGGAAACGCCUCGGAAAGAAAAACUUCAAAAAGAGAUGGCUCAGAGUGACCAACAGGGAGCUCUCUUACCACAAACAUAAAGGGAAAGAGGCCCUCUGCAUCAUCAAUGUCAAAAAUAUCCAGGCGGUGGAGAAACUGGAUGAAAGUGCCUUUAACCGCAAAAAUAUGUUUCAGGUGGUUCACUCUGAGAAACCUCUGUACGUGCAAGCAGGGAACUGCAUAGAGGCCAGUGACUGGCUGGAGGUCCUGGGCCAGGUCACUCGCUGCAACGAAGGGCGUUUGGCUACAUUCCACCCAUCAAAUUACAGCGGUGGAGCUUGGCAGUGCUGCAAAAACCAGAGUAACAAUGCACCGGGCUGCAAGCCGUGCACAAUCAUCAUGCUGGCCAACCUGCAGCUUGACAUCGACUGUGACCGGGAAACCGAAAGAAUUUUCUCCCUCCUCUCUUCAAACGAUACCAAACUCCAGGACAUGGAGGAUGCCUGUGCCAGUAUGGCGGUGUACCAGGGCCCUCAGAGGGAGCAGGAGGAAUACUCUAAGUUCACCAUUCAGGAACCCAAAGAGACAUUUCAGACACUUAAACAGCUCCGCAACGUCAUGGAGGAACUUCAGAGGCAGCACAACAUCAGGAACGACACCACAGCACAGUACGGCAGCCUGGACAACCCGAUAGUUGGGAAAACCUCGUAACCAGGGCGAGCAGUCGUAGUCUUGAGACUGCCACACCAGCAGGUGUCAGUACGUCGCAAACAGCACUGCAGAGACACACCGGUGUCCCCAAAAGGAGCCGCAGGAGUUGUCCCAGUGAGAGCAGCUGCUGCAUCUCCAGGAGAAGAACAACAACAAGAUACAUCCUGACCUCCAGACAUCCUGACUCUAUUAUGUUGGUGGAUUGUGAGUUUUUCCAGAAUCUCUCCUCAUGUUCACCUCCUCCUCCUCUCACAAAAGGGACUCCUCUUGAUUUACGUCCUCUUUUUACGCCUCCAGCUGAAUGAAAAAAGGCAUCAUUGGAAUGAGUGUGAAUAGGCUGCUAUUUCUUUUUUUAUUCACCCAGUUUUAUAUCACCAGCUGUGAGGACACUCUGCCCCGUGUUUUAGCAUUCGGAGUUAAUUGAUAAUCACCACGUUUGUGGAGGGCCGUCCUCCGCUUGUGCCCGAGUACAUUUUUUUUUAAAAUGUCUCCACUCUUAGUGUCCUUUUCUCCUCCGAACAAAUGUAUAUAUGGAUAAAAAAACAAACCGAUCUGCCUUACUCUGAUGGAUGUUUCUUUCAGAUGAAAUUCUGAGGGUUUAAUGCAGAAGCACUUUAAAAUAUUUGGAACACUCCAAAUGGAAGAUUAUUAUUUGAUACUUGGUAUCAUCUCCUUCACUUUGAUCAGUUCCAUGAUCUCGAGUACGUACGUUUGGUUUUUUGUUUUGUUUUCCCUGUACAAUAACAUUGAUGGUAGUUUUUAAGAUAUUUUUCUUGACCAAAGACAAUUUCAUAGGUUUGACUUGAAAAAAAAAAAGUAUGUAUUUUGAAUACAA